AUGGUUGCUGCAGGUGCUGAACAUACAGCUGCUGUUACAGAAGAUGGUGAGCUGUAUGGUUGGGGCUGGGGUCGUUAUGGAAACUUGGGCUUAGGGGACAGGAAUGAUCGCUUAUUUCCAGAGAAGGUUUCAAUUGUUAAUGGGCCUGUGUCGAAGGUUUUAGCCCAGCAAGCAACCCUAAUUUUCUGGUUCGAAAUUUUCGAACUAUACCUAGUCUCUUCGAUGCAGCAGACAGCGGCAUGA